AUGCAGGUUCAGUUCCCGCAGCGAGAAGACGACUGCACGAGGAGCCCGACACCUACCCGCCUACCCAGCAGGCAAGCUACCAUGAAAACGAUUACCAAGGCAGCCAGGUUUUCCCGAGCAGCAGUGCGCCCCCCUCGUUUUUUUCCGAUGGGGGCCGGCGCUUCGGUGCAGUUGCCGAUCGCAGGCAAAAAUCAAGUUCUACCUCUUCCGGGUGUUCGUUAUUUAGCGGGUCCGGAAGUGGCUCGUCGACGGAAUCUACGCCAUCUUCGAGCGUUUCUCCCGUCGCCAGGCCGCGCAGAACGGUAUCCCGUGGAAACAAUAAAACCAACUUUUGAGCAGGGCGCGCACGCGCAGCUUGUGCGGCGCUGGCUUUGUUACUGCUGCUCCAACACGAUUUGCAAUUUUAGGUAAAAGCAUCAGCGAUAUAAGAAGUCAAUUCGGAUACGGAUUGUUCGCCACAAAAUGAGUUUAGAAGACAAGAAGAGUCAGAAUGGAAAUCGGACUUAGGGUAGGAUCACGCCUACUGCGAUUGGAAUUCAAUGACCAACAAAUAGAAAUCUAUAUUCUAAAUCAAAUGAAAACCCAUGCUCAGGAAAUGGAAAUCGAUGGCACACUGUCACUUGCGUGGUAGGGCCAGCAUUAAAACAAAAAUUGAUAUCAUAUAUACAAGGUUUCAGUUUGUCUAUUACUAUGUUUCGUUCGAUUUAAGUUUCAAAAUAUUUCGGAUGGUGGAUGUGUUGGACAAGCAGAACCGCAAGGAACUCCUGGCGCUUACCGUUGUGGGCCGUCGAUGAUCUGCUACAUCGUGAUCCCCAAAAACAAAAAAUGUAUUUUUGAUACAGGGAUAGUAAUUCAACAGUGCCUGGUGUAUGUGUUGCUUCAUGUGUAGUGUCCAUCCGUCCUGUCUUCGCGGCAAGCUCGAUGUGAUGUUGCAUCCCGACAGACGGGCGUUUCUUGAAAGUGUAUGCUAUCCAUCUUGCGCUUGCUGUCAGACUUAGAGAUAGAGGAGGUAGUAGUCUGCGUUUCAUAACAAUUGGGUUCAUCAGAACCAGCAAUGCAAAUGAACAUGAGAAAACCUUUUUCUUGCCCGAAUCUCGUCCUGUUUGAUUUUGUUUCUUGACAAGUAAUUCCGAACCACAACCACUUGCACCUCAUUGUGAAUGUACCAUAGCAGCUGCUUUUAUUUCCAGUACCAGCUGAAUCUGAAAUUCCCCAGAAUCAGAAAAUGAGACGCAGUGGUGUAGUGAU